AUGCUGUUACAACAAUGUACACAUGGAUUAAUGGUGAAUGCAUCAACAUCUCCCCAAAUAAUAUCACCUCCAAGUGAAAUAAUCGCAUAUAUCAAUCAUACUGCACGAUUAUCAUGUAUUAUACAAAAUAAAGAAUCUCAUCAUGUAUUUUGGUCUCGUUAUACGAUUGUUAAUGAUACAUAUAAAUUAAGCGAUGUAUUAUUUAUUAAUUUAUUAAAAUUUUCAUCUUAUCCACAUUAUCAUUUAACUCGAAAAGUUGAUAAAACAACUGAACAUUGGAAUUUAGAAAUUCGUAAUAUUCAACCAUUAGAUGAAGGUUAUUAUGGCUGUGCAUUAUCAACAAGUGAACCGAUAAUCAAAUAUUCCUUUGUUCGAGUUUUAGGUAAGAUUGAAUAA